AUGGAAGAGCCAAGCGCCAUGGCGGAGGUGCCGGCAGCCCUGAAGCGCCUGGCCAAAUACACAGUGCGUGGGUUCUACGGUCCAGAGUACUCCCUGGCUCUGGACAUCCUGAUCCGCUACCCCUGUGUCAAGGAGGAGGAUUUGUUACAGCUGCUCAAGUACGACCGCAGGCAGCUCCGCGCUGUCCUCAACACGCUCAGGGCCGACAAGCUGGUGAAGCUGCGGGUGCGUGUGGAGACUGGGCCUGAGGGGAAGAGCACGCGGCACAACUACUACUACAUCAACUACAAGGUGCUGGUGGAUGUGGUGAAGUACAAACUGGAUCAUGUGCGCCGGAAGAUUGAAGCGGAUGAGAGGGACUUGACUACCAGGUCCUCUUUUAAAUGCCCAUCUUGCUCCAGCACUUACACAGACCUGGAGGUCAAUCAGCUCUUUGAUGUGUUUACGGAGACUUUUCGCUGCACUUACUGCAACACUGAGGUAGAGGAAGAUGCCUCAGCACUUCCCAAGCAUGAUGCUCGAACCUUGCUGGCAAAAUUCAAUGAGCAGAUUGAACCCAUCUUUGUGCUGCUGCGGGAGACUGAAGAUAUAGUUCUGCCAUACAACUUGCUGGAGCCUCAGCCAACAGCAAUACCAGAAUUAUCUGAAAGCUUUCAUCAGAAGGUGGGUUCAAGUGUGGUGGAACCCUGCAGCCAACCUGAAAAAUGGGCCAACAGAAGUUCCUCUUUUGGCAAUAUAUAUACCCAAAAUUUAGUUAUUGAUGUCCAAGACUCUGAGUCCAAGAAGAAAACAAGAGAAAAAGCAACUAAAGAGAGACCUAUCUGGAUGUCACAGAGCACUGUGGAAGGAGCAACAACAGCCACGAACAGUAGUGUUGAAUUAAAUGCUGCUGAAGAAAGUCUUGAAGAAACUGUCACUGAUAAUGAAAUCAUUAAGACUCUUCUGAUCCAUGAAUCCAAGUCAUUAUCUAGCACAGACCAGGCUCCUGCUGUCAAAAGGAAACUCCCUGAGUUAGGCUGUGAUGAGAGUGAAUCAGAAGAGGCUCAGCACUCAAGAGUGGGAAUGAAAGUUCCAGGCAGCAAUUUUGAACAAGAGGAGGAACAGGACACACAAGGUCCUAUUUUAAUGGUAUCUGGUCAGCCUCAUUCAUAUGGUGAAAUCAUUGAAAAUCCAGAACUUGUGUCUCUUAUGACAAAUGAAGAGAAAGUUGUUUAUGUAAAAGUCUGGCAAGAGAUGUUCCAGUCUGUCUUUGAAUAA